AUGGAUGCUGACGCAAAGAGCCCGGCAGCUCCAGUCCCACCGCCUCCACCUCCGCCGCCUCCGCCUUCCUCUCCUUCGCCGAAAGCUGCGCCUGCCGUGCCAUUCAAUGUUCGCCGCGGGCAAGCCAUCUUCAAGAAGCACUGUGGACAGUGCCAUACCUUCAAGGUGGAGGGUCGCGGCACCGUGCGUGGACCCAACCUCCUGGGAGUCGUUGGCACGAUGGCCGGGGCAAAGGUCAAGGAAUGGGGAGGCAGCCAUUUGCGCCUGCAGGAGUUCAGGGUCACCUGGACGGAGGCCGUAUUGCUUUCAUGGCUGGAGCGCCCGGCCAAUGUCGUGCCACAAAAGGCAGGAGACAGGUCUUGCAUGACUUUCCGCGGCAUGGACUCUGAGGAGGACCGCGAGGACCUCGUUGCGUACUUGGCAAAGGGGGCUUAA